AUGGCUCCUCAAGAGCUGCGGUAUGACGGCCAGACCGUCGUCGUGACUGGCGCCGGCUCUGGUCUCGGGCGCGAGUAUGCCAUCUUCUACGGAAGCCGGGGCGCCAACGUCGUUGUCAACGACCUUGGAGGAAGCUUCAAGGGCGAGGGCAAGAACUCCCAGGCUGCUGAUAAGGUUGUCAACGAGAUCAAGGCCGCAGGCGGCAAGGCCGUGGCCAACUACGACUCGGUGGAAAACGGUGACCUGAUCAUCAAGACUGCCAUCGACAACUUCGGCCGCAUUGACGUGCUAAUCAACAAUGCUGGUAUUCUCCGCGAUGUCAGCUUCAAGAACAUGACCCAGAAGGACUGGGACCUCAUCUACCGGGUACACAUCUAUGGCGCCUACAAGUGCGCUCGCGCGGCAUGGCCGUACUUCAGGAAACAGAAAUAUGGCCGUCUGAUCAGCACUGCUUCUGCUGCUGGUCUGUUCGGCUCCUUCGGCCAGACCAACUACUCUGCUGCCAAACUCGCCCUUGUUGGCUUCACUGAGACUCUCGCAAAAGAAGGUCUGAAGUACAACAUUCUCUGCAACGUCAUCGCCCCCAUCGCCGCCAGCCGCAUGACCGAGACCGUUAUGCCCCCGGAGGUUUUGGAGAACUUGAAACCCAAGUGGGUUGUUCCUCUCGUUGCAGUGCUUACCCACAAGUCCAGCACCGAGACGGGGGCAAUCUUCGAGGCAGGUGGAGGUCACAUUGCUAAGCUUCGGUGGGAGCGUUCCAAGGGUGCUCUCUUGAAGACGGAUGACUCCCUUACCCCUGGCGCUGUUGCCGCCAAGUGGAGUGAGGUCACCAACUUCAAGGAGUGCGAGCACCCCACUGGCCCUGCCAACGCAAUGGAGCUUGUUGAGGCUGCUGGCCGGCUCCCUCGCAGCCCGCCUGCGGAGAAGCUAGACUUCAAGGACAAGGUGGUUCUGAUCACGGGCGCAGGCGCUGGUCUCGGCCGCGCAUACGCCCUUGCUUUCGCCAAGCUCGGUGCGAAGGUCGUUGUCAACGACCUUGUCAACCCAGACACCGUCGUCCAGGAGAUCCAAAAGCUUGGUGGCCAGGCUGUUGGCAACAAGGCCAACGUCGUCGAUGGCGAGUCUGUUAUCAAGACUGCCAUUGAGACCUAUGGCCGCAUCGACGUUCUUAUCAACAACGCCGGCAUCCUCCGUGACAAGGCCUUUGCCAACAUGACUGAUCAGCAGUGGGAGGAUAUCCACCAGGUCCACCUCUUCGGCACCUAUGCCUGCACCAAGGCUGCCUGGCCUUACUUCCUGAAGCAGAAGUACGGCCGCAUCAUCAACACCACCUCCACCAGCGGUAUCUAUGGCAACUUCGGCCAGGCCAAUUACGCGUCUGCUAAGCUGGGCAUUCUCGGUUUCUCGAAGUCCCUCGCUCUCGAGGGCAAGAAGUACAACAUCUUUGUCAACACCAUCGCUCCCAAUGCCGGUACCCAGAUGACCCGCACCAUCAUGCCUGAGGAGAUGGUCCAGGCCCUUAAGCCCGACUAUGUCGCUCCCCUUGUCGUCCUCCUCUGCUCCGACAAGGCCCCCGAGCCCACCAACGGCCUCUACGAAGUUGGUCAGGGCUGGUUCGCCCAGACGAGGUGGCAGCGCACGGGCGGUGUCGGUUUCCCCGUCGACGUCGACCUCACUCCCGAAGCUGUUCUCGCCCAGUGGGAGAAGAUCAUCAACUUCGACGAUGGCCGCGCCGAUCAUCCCCACGAUAACGCGUCCGGCCUCGCCAAGAUCAUGGCCAACAUGCAGAACCGCAGCAAGAAGGGUGACAGCAAGGCCAAGGUGGACGGGUCCAAGUACCUCAAGGCCAUCGAGGAGGCGAAGGCGGCCAAGGCUGAGGGAACACCCUUCGAAUACACCUCCCGCGACGUCAUCCUCUACAACCUGGGCAUCGGAGCCAAGCGCACCGAACUACCGUAUGUCUUUGAAGGCGACGACAACUUCCAGGUGCUCCCCACCUUCGGCGUUAUUCCCCCCUUCAACGCCGUCGCUCCUUUCUCUUUCGGCGACAUCGUCCCCAACUUCUCCCCCAUGAUGCUCCUCCACGGCGAGCAAUACCUGGAGAUCCGCAAAUUCCCCAUUCCCACGGAAGCGAAGCUAGUCUCGUACCCCAAGCUCGUCGAAGUCGUCGACAAGGGCGCCGCCGGCAUCAUCGUCACGGGCACUACGACCAAGGACGCGAACACGGGCGAGGACAUCUUCUACAACGAGUCUACCGUCUUCAUCCGCGGCUCCGGCGGCUUCGGCGGCCCCAAGAAGGGAGGCGAUCGCGGUGCGGCGACGGCAGUACACACGCCCCCCAAGCGUGCGCCCGACGCCGUGGUCGAGGAGAAGACGACGGAGGAGCAAGCUGCCAUCUACCGCCUCUCCGGCGACUACAACCCGCUGCAUAUCGACCCCGAGUUCUCCAAGGUGGGAGGCUUCAAGGUGCCCAUCCUGCACGGCCUGUGCUUCUUCGGCAUCUCGGGCAAGCACGUCGUCAAGACGUUUGGUCCCUUCAAGAACAUCAAGGUCCGGUUCGCGGGGACCGUGCUGCCGGGUCAGACGCUGCAGACGGAGAUGUGGAAGGUGGGGAAUAAGGUCGUGUUCCAGACGAAGGUCAAGGAGACGGGUAAGCUGUGUAUUUCGGGUGCUGGGGCCGAGUUGCUGGGUGGGAAGAGUAAUUUGUAA